AUGGGUUGUUCCGGCUCCAAGAGUGCCCUGUCAGCCAACAACUCGCAUGGGGCCUCGAUCGCUGCAGUCGAGUUAUCCAUUGCUCUUGGCGACACCUUUAGUGAGAUAAACCUUCAGGGCAACGUGAAAGAACAACUUCGGGAACUGUUGCAGCGGCUUGACCACGAGGCAUCAAACUCUCAAGCUGAAGUUCAGCUGAUAUCCGCAGCAUGGAAGUGUGCUCGCGGAACGUAUAAUCUCGGUGGAACCAUCGCAAAUACUAGUUACUGCACAUUUCGUCGUGAAGAAACACUGCGAGGAUCCUAUGAUGGUACUGUCAAAGUCAUCACGUCAACUGUCAUUGAAAAGACUCCCGAAGAUGUCGGGGAAAGCGACCUGUUGCCAGUUCUGGUACUUGCGAUACGUGGGAGUGCCAGUAAGAUGGACCAUAUCGUCAAUGCCAAUUCUCGACCACGAUCCACCAGAGGGUUCAUUUUGUAUUUCACCAACAGUUAUAGCAACGCGCUGAGGAUCUGGGAGCACAUUCCGGCUUUCUAA